AUGGCUCGCCAAUUGGUUGUCCUUGCCCUAGUCAUCGCCGCCGUAUUCUUUGGCAUCUCGGCUGAGGCUGCCGCCCCAUCUGCCUCCCCUAAGGCUUCCCCUGCCGCCACCCCCGCCGCCGCCACCCCUGUUGCCGCAGCUGCCCCCAAGAAAAGCGAGACAGCCACAGCCACCCCCUCAGUGUCCCCCAAGGCAUCCGCCACCCCCUCAGCGUCCCCCAAGGCAUCCGCCGCUGUCCCAACUCCAGCGGCAUCCACCCCAGCUCCCGAGGCCUCUUCUCCAACUUCUCUCUCCCCCGCAGAAGGCCCCGAGACCGACGUAUCGUCUCCACCCGCCCCUGCAAGUGAAUCAACCGCACCAGCCACUCCGGUGGCCGACGCGGCUCCGGCUCAGGCACCGACUGGUGGUGCUGCUGCUCUGAAGGUCACAUCCAUCGCCGGUGUUGCCGCCAUCGCCGCUACGGGUUUCUUCUUUUUUUAA